AUGUGGCCUGCUAAUAAUUACUGGGGACAUCAAACAAUGGAGGCCGAUGGUAGAGCUCGAGCUAUGCGUCCACUUGAGCUUCCAUUAACUCAUUUACCUUCUCGUGUGGAUCUUCGUCGUUAUAUGACGCCUGUUGAAGAUCAAGCUGAUAUGUCAACUUGUGCAGCUAAUGCUUUUGCUGGUGCUUGUGAAUAUAUUAUUAAACGUCGUACUGGUAAACAUGUUGAUGUUUCACGUUUAUUUAUUUAUUAUAAUGGUCAAAUGAUUGAUCAACGAAGUCUUGAAGUAACUGAUGAUGGUGCUUCAAAACAAAAUACUAUUUUAGGAAUGCGAAAAUUUGGUAUAUGUGAAGAAAGUUUAUGGCCAUAUGAUGAACAAUUACUUAAUCAAGAACCUCCACCACAUGUUUACGAAGCUGCAAGUCGUGUAACUGUUAUUCCACUUAAAAUUCCAAGAAAUUUAGUUGCAAUGAAAACAUGUGUAGCUAAUGAAAUACCAUUUUUAAUUGGAGUUAGAUUGUUAAAAACAGCAACAAUGGAAGCUAAAACAAAUCAGGGAUAUAUAUCAAUGCCUGAUCCUGCUUCUUCUACUGUUGCUCGAACUGGUUCACAUGCUGUAUUAAUUGUUGGUUAUGAUGAUCGAACAAGACAUUUUCUUGCACGAAAUUCAUGGGGAAGAGAUUGGGGUGUUCAUGGCUACUUUUAUAUUCCAUAUGAAUAUUUAUUAGAAAAACGUCUUGUUAAUUAUUUGGAUGGUUUAUGGGCUAUUACUGAUAUAAUACCUCGAUCACAUCAUAAACCAACUGUACGUCGAUUGGUAGUACCUGGUCAUAACUAUGAUGCAAAACGGAGAAAAGAUAAACAUCGACAUCAAAUGAGUUUGUUAGAAAAAUCACUGAUGACGAUGCAAUUAAUUCCUAAUCAAAAGUUUUCACAUCUUCAAUCAUUAAUGUCUAUAGUAAAACGUAGUCGUAGACAUUCUUCGUUUUAUUAA